GGAUGGCACUUAUAUAGUUUCGUUGCAUGCUGACACCCACAACUGUGCUAACGCCACUCUAGCAAUUUUGGUAUUCAAAUGAAAUCUCACAUUUUUCGAUUCUGAACAACCUUUGCCAAAUUUAGUGUCAGAUCAGUAUAUUAUCUUAGGUGGAAAAAUUCAUGGGAGGCGGAGGGUAUAAAAAUAGUCGGAAGAGGAAGAGAGAAAGUCUUAUCUCCUCUCCGUUUCUGAUUCAAUAAUAAUUUCACGGUGGAGACGGUCGGAGCUCCGGUGCUGUCCUGCAUAGAACUUUGGGGAUCCAGCCUCUGAUCUGCUAUUCGAGGCAGGGAUCCGAGGCUGGACCCGAAAUCUGACAGACGCGGAUAAUUUUCUUCACGUUUCGGGACGACAUUUGGAUUUUGAAGAAAAACAGAAUUUUUUGUAAAUUGUAGGAUUUAGAGGUUUAAAAGAUGGGUGUUAUGUCGAGGGACGUUUUGCCAGUCUGCGGUAGUCUCUGUUUCUUCUGUCCGGGGAUGCGUGCGAGGUCUAGGCAGCCUGUGAAGAGGUACAAGAAGCUGAUCGCAGAUAUUUUUCCUCGUUCGCAGGAUGAAGAACCAAAUGAUCGAAAGAUUGGAAAACUGUGUGAAUAUGCUUCCAAAAAUCCUAUGCGUAUCCCAAAGAUCACAAAUUCUCUUGAGCAAAGGUGUUACAAAGAAUUGCGAAAUGAGCAGUUUCGACUUGCAAAAGUUGUCAUGUCUAUUUACAGGAAAUUGCUAAUUUCUUGUAAGGAGCAAAUGCCGCUGUUUGCAAGUAGCUUACUAAGCAUCAUACAGACUCUGCUUGAUCAAACACGGCAGGAUGAAAUGCGCAUUAUAGGAUGCCAGACUUUAUAUGACUUUGUAAAUAAUCAGAAAGACGGUACUUACAUGUUCAACUUAGAAGGAUUGAUUCCAAAACUUUGUCAGCUAGCGGGAGAACUGGGGGAGGAUGAGAGGGCACAUCAGCUUCGUUCAGCAGGGCUUCAAGCCCUUUCUUCAAUGGUUUGGUUCAUGGGUGAAUACUCUCAUAUAUCAUCCGAAUUUGAUAUUGUUGUUUCAGUAGUUUUGGAAAAUUAUGGCGGUCCCAAGAAAAAGCUGGAGGAUCUCAGCGAGAAGCAAGGGGCCCAAAAUCAUUGGGUGCAAGAAGAUGCCAUGGCUUCUUGGAGGAGUAUUUUGAAUGACAAAGGCGAAGUACAUUUGAGCAUGGAAGAUUCCAAGAACCCCCAGAUUUGGUCCAGAGUUUGCCUCCACAACAUGGCCAAGCUAGCUAAGGAGGCAACAACCAUGCGGCGUGUCUUGGAAUCCAUGUUUCGCUAUUUUGAUAAUAGCAACCGUUGGUCUGCUGAAGAUGGGCUUGCUCUUAAUGUCUUAUUGGAUAUCCAGCACUUACUGGAAAACUAUGGCCAGAACACAUACUUAUUGUUAUCUAUCUUAAUAAAGCACCUUGAUCACAAGAGUGUCAUUAAAGAAACAGACAUGCAGAUAAACGUUGUAAAGGUUACUACUAUCCUUGCUCAACAGUCAACUGUUCAGUCCUUUGUAGCAAUAAUUGGUGCUGUAAGCGAUCUCAUAAGGCAUUUGCGGAGAAGCAUACAUGGCUCACUUGAUGAUUCAAACCUGGGAGCAGAAGUUAUUAAUUGGAACAGAAAUUUUCAAGCCGCAGUAGAUGAGUGUCUUGUGCAAGUUACAAACAAGGUUGGAGAUGCAGGCCCUGUUCUUGACAUAAUGGCUGUGAUGUUGGAGAAAAUCUCAACAAUUACUAUUAUUGCGAGAACUACAAUUUCUGCGCUUUAUCGUACUGCCCAAGUAGUUUCAUUUAUACCAAAUUUAUCAUAUCAAAACAAGCAGGCAUUCCCUGAGGCAUUAUUUCAUCAAUUGCUACGAGCUAUGGUUUAUCCAGACAGAGAAACACGGGUUGGAGCUCACCGUAUCUUUUCUGUUGUUCUUGUCCCAUCUUCUGUUUGCCCUCGUCCUUGCUCAGCUUCUCCCGACAUGUCUAAACACAAUGGUUUACAAAGGACACUCUCGAGAACAGUUUCUGUCUUUUCUUCUUCAGCUGCUCUUUUUGAGAAGCUGUGGAAGGAGAAAUAUUCCUUACAAGAAAUUUCUGAACCAGAUGCUACAGACAAGGUUGUUGAUGAAGGGCAACAAAAAAUCAAUAAUGAUGUGAUGCUGCACAGAUUGAAGUCAUCCUACAGUCGAGUAUAUAGUAUGAAAGGCUCCCCUGCACCUCUAACUACGGAGGAAAAAGCUAUUAGCAGUUCAAAUAAGGAACCAGACCCAAUUUGCCUUCGACUGAGCAGUCGCCAAAUAACUCUUCUGCUUUCAUCACUUUGGGCACAGUCAGUUUCUCCUGAAAACACACCUGAGAACUAUGAAGCAAUUGCUCAUACUUACAGUUUGGUGUUGUUGUUUUCUCGAGCAAAGAACUCCAGUCAUGAGGCUCUAAUUCGAAGUUUCCAGCUUGCUUUUUCCUUAAGGAGCAUUUCUCUUGGAGAAGGAGGUCCACUACAGCCAUCACGCCGCAGAUCCCUUUUUACCUUGGCAACAUCUAUGUUGAUCUUUUCAGCAAAUGCAUACAAUAUCCCUCUCCUUGUUCCUUUCGCUAAGGCAUCCCUUACAGAUAAAACGGUUGAUCCAUUCCUAAAUUUGGUUGAAGAUUGGAAACUGCAGGCUGUUAAUACUGGGUCUGACCAUCCAUUCAAAGUUUAUGGAUCAAAAGAUGAUGAUAAGGCUGCCUUGAAGUCUCUUUUGUCAAUAGAAAUAACUGAGGACCAAUCUAAAGAAUCCUUGGCUGCAAUUAUUGCAAAGAGUUUGGAACAUUUAUCAGAGAAGGACUCGUCAACUAUAAGAGAGCAGUUGCUUAAUGAAUUUCUUCCUGAUGAAAUGUGUCCAUUGGGAUCUCAGCUGUUCAUGGACACAGCAGAGGAGGUCCCACCAUUCAGUUCAGGGGAGAACGAUUCACUUGAUGAGGUUAGACCUCCAAUUCUCCCAACAGAUGAUGAGACUCUUCCUGAAGCAUUUGAGGGUCAAACAGAUCCAAAUUUGCACAUGGGCAUGCAAGCAUCAAUUCUCUUGAGUGUUGAUCAACUUCUAGAAUCGGUUUUGGAGACAGCUGGUCAAGUUGGAAGAUUCUCAGUCUCGACAACACCUGAUGUACCAUAUAAGGAAAUGGCCAACCAUUGUGAAGCUUUUGUGUUGGGAAAGAAGCAAAAGUUGUCCACUUUCAUGAUUGCUCAGCAGAAACAGGAAAAUUUAAUGAGUUUCUAUUUACAGGAUUGUAACAACGAGGCAAAGAAGAUGCCAUCUCAUUCACAGAUUGGUAAUCCUUUCCUUGACCAAAACAUAAAUGCCAAUCUUCACAAGCCAAUGGUUGGCACUGGUCCACUGUUGUGUGCAACUGAGUUCCAGCAACAUCCCAACUUCUACGGGCUGCCAGCUUCAAGUCCAUAUGACAACUUUCUAAAGGCUGCUGGCUGUUGAUGCAAAUGAUAUAGGAGACACUUGAUUUCUUAGGCUAGACAAGGAACUAUUAGCCUUCAGACUGCCUGCUUAAUGCCAGGCCGAAAAUCUUGAGAGUGUACACUGCUCAUGGGCUUCAAGCACCAGGUGUUUUCUAUGAUCUGCUUUGCUGCCAAUUACUAUCAUGACAUUGUACACUAUUGUGGUGAAGAAUCAUUGAGAAGUUUCUUUCAUGUCCCUUCGUUCUUGUAUUCCUUUUUUCUUUUUCUUUUUUUUCCCUCCUUAUUUUGUAAUUAAUAUUUCCAUCCUGGGGGCAUGUUCGUGGUUGCUCCCCCAGAUGGUUUAGAAAAAUGUUCAUCAUUGGGUGUAUAAUUAAUUUAUUUAUUAAUACUAGUGUUCUUU